AAACUUGUUUGUCAGGAGACGGGUUACCAAGAGAGGAGGAAACAGACAACCUGCUGUUCACAAACCACCGAUGAGACUCCGAUUUCUAGAACACAGAAAAACCAGGCAAAUUAAUUCAUUUUUUUACUUGUGGACUUUAACCGCUGUAACUCUGUCAGGAUAAAGAGAGGGAGACAGGGAGAAUCAGGAUAAGGUGACGCUUAAUCAGAAACAGGAUCAUGAAAAGAGAGUAAAGGGAGAAAGAGAGGUGAGAGAGAAAAGAGGUGGGGCAUAUUCUGAGUGAGAUCAGCGACAUGCACACAUUUCUCAUGAGUCAUUAACUCACUGGUUUCUUGUCGGAGUUGUAAGGAGUUUGACGGGCUGUGGAAAUAUAAAUCUGGUGUUACUUAUCAUGGAUUUCUAAACAAAGCUGUAAACAGAGUUGAAUGCCAGGACACGGAGGCCGUCUGUCUCGGUUCACUGCUUCCACAGCAACUUCUGCCGGGAUAACAGCAAGUUAAUAGAUUACAAACAAACAAACAAACCAAAACAUAACAAGGAGAGCAACAAUGCACCUGCCAGACUAGGCUCCUGGAAAACUCCUAUAUGGAGCUUUGAUGCAAAAUGUUUCUUCUCAAAUCUUCCCUCUGGUGCAUCGUCUUCAGCCUGUGCUCGUCAGCCUGUGGCUUGGAGUUCAUAGAGUAUGACGGCGAUGCAGUUAUUUGCCCACAGGCAUUUUCUGACUGCACCAUCAAAAACGGUCUUUAUGAACAAAAGGACAACCAUGUUCAGUUCGAAGCAUCGUUCAAGCUCUGCUGUAAGGACAACAGAAACUGUGCACUUUGUCUUGUGCUGGAGACAGAGGUCAGCAACAUCCUUAAGGAUACAGAUGUGGAAAACGACAACCACUCUGGCACUGAUGAGGACGAUGACAGUGAGGACACAACACUUGAGAGAUCUUCUGUGACGGCAUGUUACCAACAUCCAGCCAGCACCAUUCCCAGAUGCAAGAAGGUGGAGUUUACAGUUAAUCACACCUCUCUUGCUCACCAGAACAAGAGCAAGAUAACCAUGGUGAUCACAGACGAGUUUCAUUUCGGAAGCCAAAUAACCGUUUACAGCAACAUGCGACUUGAUGCGCCUUCAGAAAAGAAUGUGUGUUCCCAGGAAUUUUUCCAGAAACGCAUACCCAUGUGUCCAGUGCCAAUAUUCCACAUCAAUCCAGUAAUCAAGGAAAAUGAUGUUGAGCUGCAGAUUGUGGGCAACAAGUCGCGUCCCUCACUCUGCAUCAAAUACGAGGAGAACGGACGCUGUCUGAGUCUGGCCCAGACCACCAUCCCUAUUCAUUCUGUGGCACCUUGCAUGUGCAUACAGGUGUGGGAUAAAGAUGAUGAGGGAGUUGUGCGUUCUCAAUUAUGCCCCUUUGAGAAAAAAGGAUUGCCACCUCAUUUACAACACAUCAUGUGGAAAAACGUCUCGGUGAAUGUGCGCCUGAGCAAAAUUGGUGACAGGAACACAGUCCUUCUAUGGAACCUUACUGCCCCCUGCAGGCUGGAUGGUGAAGUGUCGCUUUGUCACAAACCGAGCAGCAACGAAAAUCUUUCUGAUGUGAACAACUGGAAACAAAACAAAAUGGGACUUUGGGAAAAACCAGGGGCAUUUGAAAACGUUGAUGAAAGCGUUUCCCAGUGUGUGAUGGUGAAAAUAAAGGGAGCACAUCAGGAAUUUGGUCCAUUUUGUACAUCUGACACUCGCAGAUGGCGCUGGACUCUCCUGAUUAUCGGUGUUGUACUGGUUGGUUGUCUGACAGCAUUAAUGAUUCAUUACCUGCGUGAUUAUGUGAAGAAGUGGGUGUGGAGCUGGCGGCACGGUGGAUUCGUAAAGAUCGGCAGGAAGGGCCAUGUGGUUCUGCUGAGCCCCCCAGAUUUGGAUGACGCUGUUUCAGAGUCAGUUUGUCUGCUGGGUUCCCAGCUCUGCAGCCAAGGCUUCAGUGUGUCUGUGGACCAGUGGUGCAGGAAGGAUCAAUGCACAAUGGGACCUCUGCCAUGGCUCUACUCCCAACUCCAGAAGCUGGACAACAUGGGUGGUCGAGUUUUGCUGGUUCUCACCCAGAAAGCCUUAGAAAAAACCGAAGAGUGGACCCUCUUGAACAACGGCGGAGGAGGAAAGGGUCAGCAACAGAUGAAAUCACCUUAUUCUGAUCUAUUUAUGGCCUCAUUGUUCAUCAUUCAGGCCCACAAGAAGCUGGGCAGGGCGGCCGAGCGCUUUGUUCUGGUGAAAAUCGACUCCCACCAAACAAAGAAUCACAGCAGCGACGAUAAACUUCCAGAGCUGCUUCAAGGGCUUCCUCUGUUUCUGCUUCCCUCUCAGAGCCAGUCGCUCACAACUGAACUGACCGUAGAAGAGGCAGGUACGACACGGACAGAAUGGAGGAGGAAUAUCUGAAGGAAGUGGAGGUUAUCAAAACCCUUUUGUUAAAAAAAACGUGGAUGAAUUCACAAAAAGAUGUCAUAUAAAAACUUCUGCUGGAGAAUCAACAUGAAGGAUAUGCUGGACUAAACAUGACAGAGAAGAAGGUUGACUAUAAAGACAGACUCUUUGGUUUGUAAAGAAGUAGCCCUGAAUUUUAAAAGUGAGGUUCUGGUGCCAGGUUUGUUAUAAUGUAAUAGUCUUUUUUUGUAGAAAGACUGUGUUUUGGUCUCCUCUCGGUCCUUUGCUAAAAAUCUGAAAUAUGUUCCUGAAGCAGGUGACGUGCAGCGUCAUAAAUAAAUCUGAAGGGCAAUAAGCACAUAAAUAUGUAGACAGGUACAAUGUAAUUUAUGGCUUCUAUUUUUAUUGUAAAUAAAUUGUAAAUAGGGAUUUUUUUACUCAUCUGUAAAUGCUUCAAAUAUAUAAUAUAAUUGUACAUUUUUCAGAUGAACAGCAUCAAAAUAUUAGUAUGUAAUAGAAUAGAAACUGUCUUUAUUGUCCUGCAAAGGGGAAAUUGAAGUGUUUACACAAACAGUUCUUAAAGUGUUUAAAACGAUACAUAAAGAUUAAUAAUAAUAAUAAUAAUAAUAAUAAUAAUAAUAAUAAUAAUAAUAAUAAUAAUAAUAAUAAUAAUAAUAAUAAUAAUAAUAAUAAUAAUAAUAAUAAUAAUAAUAAUAAUAAUAAUAAUAAUAAUAAUAAUAAUAAUAAUAAUAAUGAAACAAUGCACAAGACUAUAACAACAGAAAGCUGCACGUCUUUAACUUUAACAAAAUAAAACUUCUGGUCAUGGCGCAGAAUCUGACCCAGUCACACUUUGCUAAAAAUAAACUUACGACCUGAAUGCAGAGGAUCGUAUUGGUUCAGAGCAGGUGUCAGUUUACCAAAGCAGGGGUGCGUUUGUGAAGAGUUUUUAUGACGAUCCAGGCGGGCGGCGUUAGGAGACAUGAGCGAUAACAACGAGCCUCGCUCCCUGCGGUGCUUUGGAUGUAAUUCCCAGUCAAAUGGUCAGAGCAGCGCGUUAAAAGCGUCUCGUUUGGGUUGUAUGUUGGACUUGUGUAAGGAGGAGGUAAAAAGGCGCUCUGUUGUGCUUAAAGUGUUUUCUUAAAUCCACUUUCUGUGUGUGUUGUUUAACUAUCAGUUUUGCAGAAAGUUAAUAUUUGUCUUUAUUUUGAGAUUAUAAUUGUUGGCACUGGUUUUUUUUUAUUUAUGUAUUUCAUGCAAUUUCUGAAAAGCCAAAGGCAUUUGUGUGAUGUACUCUAUUGUUUACAAGUACUGUUAUAAAUACUAUUGCUGUAUUGAAGAUGUAUCUCUUAAAUAAAACAGGGCAGCGUUGGUGCUGA